GUCUUUGUGCCCGGCCGUUGUUCAGCGCUGACUGGCUUAUCGCAUAUACGCAUAUAUCCGCUAAAGCCGGCUAUACGAGUAACCGUCCCAGACCGAGGCACAGAGACUCAGCGAGACAGAGAGACUCGUGCAACAGGCUGCUAGUGCGCAGCAGGCAGUUUGGCACAGUGUCAGCUGAUAUGUCCAGUGCACUUUCACGACAACCGACGGGCUCUGAUUUAUUCAGCAGAACGGCACCACCGCAUAAUCGCUGAUUGUGCCCCGCGUUCCGGAUAAUUUCUUCCGUAUUGACUAUUGCCCGGCCUGAUUUCUUCCGGAUUCCCGUCGCUUGUUUCCGCCACGGGAAAAUGUCCUGGUGUCGGCUAAUUUUUCCCUGAUUAUUUUGCUUUACCGCUUCCCGUUCCCACCAUGAUAUCGGAGGAUUCAUGCCAUUACCGUGGAUUAACGCGGACAUCGUUAGUGCUUUUACUGGGAUUUUGCCUGAUUGGAGGGCAUUUUAUUAUGGCCGCACCGGUUUUGAUGGAUAACGGUAGCGUCAUCCGGAGAGAUUCUGCCGUAUCGUCCGAGCCGGUUUUGGACGGUUGCGACUGGGUUGGAACGUUGGACCCGGGCGUGGUAUCCGCCGGCAGUGUCCAGCACGUGACCCUGCGCUGCGCUUCCGGCCGCAUCAGAUGGCUGUACCCCGACGGCGCCGUCCGCCUCACCCUCCACCCGCCCUCCUUCCGCGCCCCCACCGCCCCCACUCCCCGGCGCAUCUGCCUGACCACCGACCUGCCCGACCUGAAGAACGUCCUGGUCUUCCUGCAGCACGAGCGCCGCCUCCAGCCGGUCUUCGCCCCGCAGUCCGCCGCGGCCAACCGGCAGUGCUUCGCCCUCCCGGACACCGGCGACACUGCCACGCUUUAUUUAGAGAGCUUCUACGACCACCGCGGCGAGGACAAUCAUCUGCGGAAUAUCGUCCGCCUUCCGGUCAGCGGCGCCGUGGAGCUGCUGUACGACAUCAGCGAGGAAUAGGAUAUAAGGGAUGGGACAGUGAUUCCUCUGCGCCACCGGUGGCAGUUUUAUUUUCGUACGAAAUUUUCUUUCUUUCGGCCAGAACGAGUUUAUUGAUUUUUUUAUAUGACUACGGGAAUUGCUCAAAUUAAGCGGAUUUUCUCCACAGAUUUUCUUAGCUUAAAUGUAUAAUUUUUUAAACAAAAUAUCCCUGACAAAUUUAUUUUGUUCCUGUAUAUGUAUGAUGUACGGAUACAUUUGACAAUGGGCUAUAAAAAAUGGAAUUGG